AUGCCCCCGCCGAAGACAUGGGACAAGCGGUUCCACCGCCACAGCGAGGGUCGUGGACGAGAGGUGCGGCUGCUCCACCGUGUGCCGGGGAAAACGGGCUUGUGGACGUGCGUCCUACCUGGAGGUCGGGUCACGACGAUUCGCCUGAACGCUGGGAGGGCCACGAUCACGCCCACCAAGCCCGCCAAGUCGGGCGUCUGGUGGGAACCUAUGCCCGCGCUCACCGCCGCCCAGAAGCGCGCCGCCGAGGACACGAGCCGCGACAUGAUCGCCAACGCGGCCUCGAUGCCCGACACCGCCGAGCUGGACAGGUACCGGAAGCAGCAGGGAGUGGCGGCGCGGCUCCAGCGGGUCGUGCAGACGGUCGCCCUGCUGCCCGCGGGCAUCGUCGCCUUAGGGCACUGGUCGGUGGGCUCCUGGUGGCGUUCGGCGGGCAUCCUCAUCACCAUCUACUUCAUAUACUACGUGAUGGAGCGCUCGGGCCUGAUCGCCUGGUGUCGUGCGCUCAUGCAGGCUGGCAGCACGACGGCCUGGGUGUUCAGCUCCAUGAUGGACAUGUACCAGCAGCUGCACGAGGCUGUGCAAGGGUGGAUCGACGACUUCAACGAGUACAGUGGCUACCAGAUCACGAUGUGGGAGUUCAAGAUGACCGUCAUCUCGUUCAUGACCAUCGCGGCCCUCGUCUCGUACUUCUGGGAGGAAGUGAGGGACGCGCUGACGGAGGAGCUGGCUUCGGACGCGGAGUCGGAGCCGCCGUCGCCAACCACCAGCGGCCGCGUCACUUUCGAGGAUUUCCAGGACGAGGACUCGGAGGCCCCGUGGAAGCAGGAGGUCGCCAGCGCGCUGAAGAUACUGGCGGAGGGUCAGUCCAAGCUCCAGGAGACCGUCGAAGCUGUGGAGGGACGUGCUCGUCAGGACCGCCUUCUCCGAUCGGUGCAGGGCGUCGACGCCGAGAACGGUCCGGGGCCGAAGUCGGUGGAGGACCUCAGGCGACGGAUCGACUACUUCGAGCAGCUGGUGCGGGACGGCAAGGUGACGGUGCCGCCGGACUCCUCGCCUGCAGCCACGAGUGCCUCCUGGGAGGUUCUCACGCCGACGUCAUCGGGGCGGGAGCUCGCGCUCACGGACGCUCGGGGCCCUUCCACUCUGCCCAGAUCGACGUGGGCCUCCCCCGCGCCUGUGGCUGGCCCUGGGCGCCAGGCGCCCGCGGCCAGUCCGCCGCCCGUGCCGCAGCCGCCAAUCGGGGUGGCCGCGAGCUCCCCGGGGCGCGUCGCCAACAUGAUCUCCCACCUCGAGCGCCUGAAUAUCAACCCGCAGCAGGCCUGGAUGGAGGCGCUGAAGGAGUAUCGCGAGAUCGAGCCGAGCCAGUGGCACAUGCCCGACGGCUACCGCCAGCGGGUCGUGCCCGAGUACCUGACCAAGGUGUACAGCGCGCCGCGGACGGGCAAGGAGUACGCUCAGCAGUUCCUUCGCGACCGCCAGCUGGAGGCGUGCGGCGCCGCCAAGGGCAUGGUCGACGCGCUGGCCUGCAUCGACAGGCUGCUGCUGGAGGACCGCACCCCCGACCUGGUGAACCUCGUGAGCCUGGAGUACCUGGCGAGGAAGGCCUACGCGAUCGAGACUGGCUUCGAGCUUGUGCGCUGCGAGAGCGACUGGAAGAGGCCGUCGGGCAAGAAGGAGUGGACGUCGAAGGUGGACUGGGACAUGAUCCACCGCAUCGACCCAGCCAGCGUGUCCGACGCGGCCCGCGGGGAGUACAUGAGGGAGGUGCGCGAGGAGCUGAAGACCGGGAUGGCCAGAGACGCCGACUUCAUGAAGCUGAAGCUGAAGGUCGGGGAGAGAUCGGGGGCGACCGAGUUUUUGCCAAGCCCGGCGACGUGCCUCGUGGGUGGUCGUCGGAGCGAGUUUCCAACGUGGAGCGCAUUGAUCCUGAAGCACGUCCUCACCACCGUGAUGGCCGAGCAGACAGAGGUCGGCGACCCGCUCAGGGCCCUGAAGCUGAUCGAGUAUCCUGCGACCGACUCCGGGGCGAGGAAUCGGAGCCGAGAUCGGGCGCGCCUGCGGGAGAUCGAUCGGGCCAACCACUGCUUGGUGGCGCUCCGCUGCCUGGCCUCGGGGUUCGUCUCGAGCGAGGUCCUGGAGACGCGGCCUUCGGUCCCGAGGGGUUUGUCUCCCCAUCGUCUCAACGGGAGGUCGCUGGCGGCUGGGUUGGCUCAGAGGAUUCUGCGUGCUGUCCGACGGCGACUGCCUGCCGCGGACCGUCCAGUGGGGCGAGUCGCAUUCGAGCGGCUCACGGGAGGCGCCGCCAGCGGAAGCGGCCCCUACCCUGUGGGGGCGACCCCCACCGCCCCGCCAACACUAGCAAAGAGAGGAGACAUCUGCCCCGCGGUCGUGGACGAGAUCUCGCUGCCGCCGGUGGGGACGACGGGCCUGAGGAUCGAGGAUAUCUCGCCACGGGCCGCCGCCCUGCUGUCGGACUACCGGGGCACGAUGCUGAGGGACGAGAUGGCGGAGGGGGCGUCGGACAUCAAGCCGUACACCGACCCUCUCCUGAGAGUCAAGAAGAACAUGGUCAGGUUGGUCGGCCGCAUGGCUGCGGGCGGCAUGAUGGACACGUCGGAUGUCUGCAAGGGGGAGGUGGCGCUCUUCACGGUCGUCAAGAAGUGGACCUUGGCGGAGGGCGCCCAGCCCAAGCGCAGCUCCCGACUGGUGUUCGACGAGCGCCUCGAGAACCUGAAGUGGCGGCGGCCGCCCUGGUGCUCCCUCGGAGCCGGGACGGCACUCGGCUUCGUCGACGCGAGCAAGGAGAUCGCCGAGGGCUACCAGGUGCUGGCCGCGGUCGGCGACAUCCCCGACUACUACUACAGGCUGCUGCUUCCGCUGGAGGUCGCGGAGCACUUCGUGGUGCCGGGCGUAUCCCCCGCGGAGGUGGCGGAGGAGAUGAGGGCGCGAGGGCUGCAGGUCCCGUUCGACGAGACCAAGGCCCACAUGGUCGUGCGGGCACUGGUCAUGGGCUUCUGCUGGGCGGUCUACUUGGCGCAGAUCUGCCUGGAGGAUUGCCUGCAGGGGGCUGGAGGAUGGCUGCACGAGCGAAAUCGGCUGGCGUACGGCCUACCCGUCCCGGGGAUCCGCCCGAGCGAGCCCGUCCACUGGCAGUACAUCGACGAUUGCGGCCUGCUGGUGCUCGACGCUCCGGAGGCGACGGCAGAGGCCUUCGGUGCCGACGGGCGCGUCGGCCUCGCCAAGGCCAGGGGCGACGUGACGUCGCGGCUGAAGGCGCGGGGCUUGCCUGUUCACAAGGAGGAGUUCGGGAAACAGGUCAAGACGCUGGGCUGGCUUCUUUCCGGCACCGAGGACGGGGACAUGUUCGUGGAGCCCGACCCCGAAAAAAUGGACAUGCUGGUAGAAGCCACGGUGGAGGCCUGCCGCCGAAGGACGAUCAAGGUGCGGGACCUGAUGACUUUGGUCUCGACCUGGACGUGGUUCGCGCUCGUUCAGCGACCCACCCUCUCCGUCUUCGACGCGGUCUACAAGGCUAUACAGAAGUUCAAGGACGGCGAGGACGUGACGAUGUGGCCCGGGCUGAAAGGCGAGCUGAUGACUAUGGUCGCUAUCAGGCCCCUGCUUUUCGCCCGACUGGGGCGGCCCUGGCUGGAGCAGGCGGGCAUGACGGACGCGAGCUUCUUCGGAGCGGGCGUCCUGGUCACCCCCUCCGGGAUCGACGAGCUGAGGAAGGAGGCCCGACUCGCGGCGCCGAAGGGUUGGUUCGCCGAGCAGGCGGAUCUCCUAGGCGAGGACAGCAGCGGCGACGAGGAGGACCCGGCGGACAUCGACAACGGGCGCGACGCGUCCGACGAGCCCGAGGUGAGGAGGUCUAUGAGGCCCAUGAUUCCGGGCACCGAGGUGAACCGCACGGCCCACCUGUUUGCGGGGCACCGCCGACCCCUCGACUUCGAGGACCACCUGACCAGGAUGGCGCAGGAGCGGGACCGAUGGCUAGUCGUGGAGUCGAUCGACAAGGUGCUCCACUGCGACCACGACCUGCUCGACCGCAAGAAGGUGCAGGCCCUGUGCCGCCGCGCGCUGGAGGGCCAGUUCCAGACUGCCCACGCGGGCCCGCCGUGCGGGACCUUUGCCCGCGCUCGGCACAAUCGGGCAUGCCAGGGCCCCCCUCCCCUGAGGAGCCGGACGCGCCCCAGGGGUUUGGCAGGGCUCUCGACGACUCACCGGGCACAGGUGAUGGUGGGCUGGGAGCUGUUCGUCGCGACGCUCGAGUUCCUGGGCUGCGUAGUCAUCGGCGGGGGCCUCUACUCCCUGGAGCACCCCGAGGACCCUGGGCAGGAGCCGUACCCGAGCAUCUGGAUCCUUGCGGUCACCAUGGCUCUGGAGAACAUGGCCUUCGCCCGCGGCUCCAACGGCUUCGAGGCUGCCAAGAGGGACUUCUGGGAAAAGAUCAGGGAGGCCAGGGACCCCAACGUCAGCGACCGCGAGCUGCUGGGCGUGCCUGGCGAGGCUCAGCAGGCCUCGAGGGCGUCGUUCGACCAGUGUCGGGAGGGUCUGGCAUCACGGAAGCCAACUACAGUGUCCAGCAGCAUCCCGACGUUGGUCCGGGCGCUCGACGGCCGCAGGUGCGACCACGGCUGGCACCCGCCUCUGCAGGGAAAGCUUCCAGACGGCAGAUUCCGGACCUCGCUCGCGCAGAACUACCCGAGCCAGCUGUCAGAGAAGCUGGCCUUUCACCACCUCGAGGCGCUCGACCUGGUUGUGCCCGGGUCACGGAAGCCGAUGCAGUCCCUGAGCGACGAGGUGGCGGUCCGCCUGGCCGCCUUCGCUACGGCGGGGGACGACCUCUCCGCGCAGAUUCGAGCACCGGAGGUCGGGCCCAGCUGGGACCCGCUGGAGCGCUGGAGCGAGCUCCUGAGGGUCAGGUGGACGCGUUCGGAGCACCAGAACGUCCUCGAGCUGCGCGCUCUCAUGCUCUACGUCCAGACCACCCUGAAGAGGAGGUCGGCCUGGGACAGGCGCCUCCUCGUGAUCACGGACUCGAUGGUGGCGAUCGGCGCGGUCUCGAAGGGCAGGAGCAGGUCCAAGUCUUUGAACGCUCUCCUCCGCCGCCUCGCCGCCUACACCCUCGGCUGCGGGUCAACGAUCUAUCCGAGGUGGGUGUCGAGCGGGCGGAACCACGCAGACGGGCCGAGCAGGGGCUACCGCAAGGGCCAGGCGCCGAAGGAGAUCACCGAGCGCCUACGGCCACCUGCUCGUCAUGGCGUGUUCGUGGAUGCUGCGGCGCUCCCGAAGAUACAGCGCCGUGGCCUGCACGCCUGGCAGACCUCGGGCACCGACUUCUUCGAGGGCCACAAGAGCGACCUGCUGAGCGGCGGCUGCCCCCCGAGGCUGCUGGUGCACGCGCAGAUGGACGCGACGGCGCGCCAGUACAUGAGGGCCUGCAGGAAGUUCUGCAACUGGGCAGAGGAGCAGGAGGUCGAGAUCUACCCGAGCUGCCGCCUGGAUAAGGCGAUCAGUGUCUACCUGGACGUCCUGUGCUUCGACGACGAGAUCGGCGUCGGUGAGGGCAAGAGCUUGACCUCGGGCAUGCUGGCCAUGUACCCAGCGCUUCGCCUCCCGGAGGCCUACCGCGCCCUGAAGGCCUGGGAGGGUCUCCGCCCCACGGUGCAAGGCUCGCCCAUCGGCGUCCCGCUGCUGAUGGAGAUCGUGGACCAGAUGUCUCACUACGGCGAGGACGGCCUCACAGCAGCGGACGCCGCUCUGCUCGCCUUCGACUGCUACCUCAGGGAGCAGGACUGGGAGCUGAUGAGGGUUUCGGACGUCGUCUCGGCCGACGGCGUGACCGCGAUCCGGCUGGGCGUCCAGGAGCGCGGCGAGCGGGUCAAGACAGGGCAAGACCAGGGCGUUUUGAUUGACUACCCCGGGACCCAGAGGAUGCUUCUCAACCGUAUCCAGGGCAAGAAAAAGGACGAUCGCAUUUUCCCCAUCAGCCAGAACCUGAAGGAGCUAGGUAGCCAGAAGUACCAUGACCUCGGUGAGCGGCCCAAGAG